GACUUCAUCUCAAAAGUCGAACGUUAUUAGCACAACAUAUCCGUAAAGCAGCAGGGUUCAAGGCGACUGUGACAGAGGAACACCUACUCUCUCUCUCUCUCUCUCUUUGUCUCCGACAUCCCUCCAGCCCCCGAAGGAAGAAAGAGAAGAAGAGGAGGUGUACCUGACACCUUAGCCGCGCCUCGUUGUUCCUCCAGCCGCCAUGUCAUCUCGCCCCGCCCAGUAUUCCACUCCACACUCUGCUUAUCCCUCCGCUAGUUCCACUAUCGGGGCACAUCGCCAGUUGAUCGGCCGCCGCCCCACAGUGCUCUCACUCAGGCGGGGACUCUUUGAAGGACUGCCGACGUGUCCAGAAAUGCUUUUUUCCCCCCCUGGCGGAUUUUCUUGGACUCCGCUCGAGAAGAUGCUCGUCCCGCUGCUCUCUCUGCUGCUGGGUCUGACCGGAGCAGCGGGGCCGGCACCGGACAGGAGCUGCGCCGACCUGCGCCAGUUCUACACCGGGAAGGGCUUCACCCUGGCCGGAGUACCUCAAACGGAGACCUCCGGUGAACAUCUGAGGACCUGUCCCCAAGGUCCAACGUGUUGUACUAACAGAAUGGAGGAAAACCUGGAGGGUCUAAGUGCACGAGAGACAGAGGCGCUGAUCAGGGAGGCCGGCAGGUCACUGCAGGCUGCCUUCAACACUCUCUAUAGAAGCUUUGACACCUAUUUCACUGAACUUCACCGUCGCUCUGAACGCUCCCUCCAGGAGGCGCUAUCUCCCCUUGGUGCCCUAUACUCCCAGAAUACAAGACUCUAUGGUGAUUUGUACUCCGACUUGAAACGGUACUACCGCGGCUCUGCUCUUAAUUUGGAUGACACUUUGACUGAAUUCUGGUCACACCUUCUGGAACGCACCUUUAAAAGCUCCACCCCCAGAGAUGUCACCCUGUCCGAGGACUACCUUGAGUGUGUUGCUAAGCAACAGGAGACCUUGCGACCAUUCGGAGACAUCCCCCGGGAUAUGAAAGCAAAGGUUAUACGGGCUUUUGUCACAGCCAGGUCAUUUGUCCAGGGCCUGAUCAUCAGUGGGGAGGUUGUCAGAAAGGUUUCACAGGUUUCUCUGAGUCCAGAAUGUGUUAAGGCCUUAACGAAGCUGGUUUAUUGCCCGCACUGUCGCGGCCUUGCCUCUGUCAAACCAUGUGCCAACUACUGCUCCAACGUUAUGAAGGGCUGCCUCGCAAACCAAGCUGAUCUGAACCCCGAGUGGCAGAAUCUUAUAGAUACCAUGAUCCAGGUGGCAUCUAGUUUCAGCACAGAGCCCAGCCUCGAUGUGGUUUUGUCAUCCAUCCCCGCUCAGAUCUUUGAGGGGGUUCGCUUGCUCAAGGAAAACAUUGACACCUUUUCAGCCAAAUUGUACCAAACAUGUGGAAGUCCAGUUGAGCCAGGCACAGGAAGCCUGACGCUUGACGAGCCAAAGAGAACGAAAAGCGUCUCUCUGACUGCUUCAGAAUACAAACCCUCUCCCGCUGCGGGCCUCGGACUCGAGAUGCAGGUGUCAGAUCUCUCCAGUAAAUUAAGGGAAAGGAGGCAAUAUUGGCUCCAGCUUCCCAUAGCACUUUGCAGCAAAUUGGCAGCAGGUGGCGCCAACAAGGAUAAAUGCUGGAAUGGCAUUACCAAAGCCAGAUACCUUCCCGAGGUGAUGGGGGAUGGCUUGGCCAACCAGAUCAACAAUCCAGAGGUGGAGCUUGACAUCACCAAGCCAGACAUGACGAUCCGGCAACAAAUCAUGCAACUAAAAAUUAUGAGCAACAGGCUAAAGAAUGCCAUGGAUGGGAAUGAUGUGGAUUUCCAGGAUGCGAGUGAUGACAUCAGCGGCUCGGGAAGUGGUACGUGCCUAAGUGGUCAGUGUCCUCAAAGCAGACCAGGACUGUACGCCUACCCUCAAGACAACGAACAAGUCACAGGUGCAACCACAUGUCCAAGCUGCCCGUCUAGCCUCCUAUCGCUGCUCCCACUAGCUGUCCUGCUACUUUUUUGUCGAUGAUGCUCUGCCUUCUGCCAGACUCUGAAGCCCAGAGAAGAACUAGCUCAUCGCACGGCGGCUAGAGUCAAGAGGAGGGAACAUUGGAUUAACUUUGCCAAAUAUGAAAAGAAAGUUUUAGGAAUGAUUUUGUGAAGAGGAACAAAAACUGGCAGUAACAACAGUCUUUGUUUGGUUUUGCUGUGUUCUACUAUAGUUUGAUUGCAUUUGUUGAGCUGGUUUCAAUGAAUUCCAAGGAAGAAGAUGAAGAAGAUAAUGAGGCAAGAUGACUGACGAUGAAAAAUCAAGUGAAUGUUCAUAAUUAUGAUUUAUUGACUUCCUCCAAGGUCCAUUGUGGUCCGACUCACCAGGAACUGAGCUUGGUGACAAAUGCUGUGGUUAUGUGGUGCAUUCAAGGCUUUUUCAUUUGAUUUUGUUUUUAUUCUACAACCCCAAUUCUAAUGAAGCUGGGACAUUGUGUUAAACAUAAAUAAAAACAGAAUACAAUGAUUUGCAAAUCAUGUUCAACCUAUAUUUAAUGGAAUACUCUACAAAGACAAGAUAUUUAAUGUUCAUACUGAUAAACUUUAUUGUUUUUAGCAAAUAAUCAUUAACUUAGAAUUUUAUGGCUGCAACACGCUCCAAAAAAGCUGGGACAGUUGGCAAAAAAGACUGAGAAAGUUGAGGAAUGCUCAUCAAAAACCUGUUUGGAACAUCCCACAGGUGAAGGCUAAUUGGGAACAGCUGGGUGCCAUGAUUGGGUAUAAAAGGAGCUUCCCUGAAUUGCUCAGUCAUUCACAAGCAAAGAUGGGGUGAGGUUCAUCUCUUUGUGAACAAGUGCGUGAGAAAAGAGUGGAACAGUUUAAGGACAAUGUUCCUCAACGUACAAUUGCAAGGAAUUUAGGGAUUUCAUCAUCUAUGGUCCAUAAUAUCAUCAAAAAGUUCAGAGAUUCUGGAGAAAUCACUGCAUGUAAGCGGCAAGACCGAAAACCAACAUUGAAUGCCCGUGACCUUCGAUCCCUCAGGCGGCACUGCAUCAAAAACCAACAUCAAUUGUAUAGGAUAUCACCACGCAGGCUUAGGAACACUUCAGGAAACCAAUGUCAGUAAAUACAGUUCGGCGCUACAUCCAACUGUGCAACUAGAAACUCUUCUAUGCAAAGCAAAAGCCAUUUAUCAACAACACCCAGAAACGCUGCCGGCUUCUCUGGGCCCGAGCUCAUCUAAGAUGGACUGAUGCAAAGUGGAAAAGUGUUCUGUGGUCCGACGAGUCCACAUUUCAAAUUGUUUUUGGAAAUUGUGGACGUUGUGUCCUCCGGGCCAGAGGAAAAGAACCAUCAGGACUGUCAUGGACGCAAAGUUCAAAAGCCAGCAUCUGUGAUGGUAUGGGGCUGUGUUAGUGCCAAUGGCAUGAGUAACUUACACAUCUGUGAAGGCACCAUUAAUGCUGAAAGGUACAUACAGGUUUUGGAGAAACAUAUGCUGCCAUCCAAACAACGUCUUUUUCAUGGACGCCCCUGCUUAUUUUAUUUCAGCAAGACAAUGCAAACCACAUUCUGCACGUGUUACAACUGCGUGACUUCGUACUAAAAGAGUGCGGGUACUAGACUGGCCUGCCUGCAGUCCAGACCUGUCUCCCAUUGAAAAUGUGUGGCGCAUUAUGAAGCGUAAAACACGACAACGGAGACCUCGGACUGUUGAACGGCUGAAGCUGUACAUCAAGCAAGAAUGGGAAAGAAUUCCACCUACAAAGCUUCAACAAUUAGUGUCCUCAGUUCCCAAACGUUUAUUGAAUGUUGUUAAAAGAAAAGAUGAUGUAACACAGUGGUAAACAUGACCCUGUCCCAGCUUUUUGGGAACGUAUUGCAGCCAUAAAAUCCUAAAUUAAUGAUUAUUUUCUAAAAACAAUCAAGUUUAUCAGUUUGAACAUUAAAUAUCUUGUCUUUGUAGUGUAUUCAAUUAAAUAUAGGUUUAACAUGAUUUGCAAAUCAUUCUAUUCUAUUUUUAUUUAUGUUUAACACAACGUCCCAACUUCAUUGGAAUUGGAGUUGUAUUACAUAUUGAUUUUAUCUGGUGAUGAGGGUGUUUACUUAAAUAACAUUGUGUAAGAUGUAAAUUUCUGUAUAGCCAGUAUGCCUUAUGCUUGCAUACAGUACAUUGGAAACAAGACGGGCACCAUGGAUGUACAUUUAUAGGUUAAUACUAGAAAUGAAUCCCCUAUAACCUGUGAUGUAAUUGUCAAGAUUUCGUGGUGUGUGUUGGCUUAACAAAUAUUUGGUAGGAUUUGUUUGGAUUCCAGAACAAUGAUCCCCCUCCUUAAAUGUACGAGAUGUUGCGAUUGCAAAUGUUACUGUUUGAAUCACCUUUGAAAUAAGCAGUCGACACCAAAAUCCAUAAACAAAGCACAGACUAGCAAUUUCCUGGAAUCUAUGAUUUUAUUUUGCUGUUAUUACAGCAAACGUCACAUUAUUCUGCCACUUAGUUACCACACUGAGCGCAUGUCACAACACACAACUCAAGAGGGUUUUUUUUCAUUGAAUGCACACGUGUGUUAAUCCACCGAUCCAUAUGAUGUUUUACAAGUAGAAGCGACACAUCAGGAUUAGCGGAGGAUAAGGGCACAGCAAAGUAUUUCUUCCUUUAAAAAAAAAUAAAAUAAAAUAAAAAAUAUAAAUAAAUAACUUGACUAAAGAGAGAUUAUGUUCCAUACUUGUAACCACAUGUUUGAGCAGAACGCCAGCAGUGGAAAGCCUCAAAGUUAAUAUCAUCAAUGGUAAAGAGUUUAGACUGGAUAAACUAAAACAGAUCAUUAUAGUCAUUGCUGGAAGAUAUUUUCCCGUGAUGCACAGCAAGAAAAAAAAUGGACAAUAAUAAUAAUAAUCUGUGCAGGACCAAAUAAAACAAAUAAUUAUUGUACAGCUAAAGCUUUCUGAACACAUAAGUACAUCUGUUUAAAAUUUAAAUUACAUUUGACAUCCAAAAGCUGAUUUUUUUCUUUUCUUUUACACACAUUGCCCUUCAUGUUGUAUCGCGGACUGUUUUUUUUUUUUUUUUUAAAUAAAGAUAUGACAAAUAACUAUACUACAUUUAUUUUUCUUUUCAAAAUAAUGACAAUGUUUUUGUGCCAGAAAAUAUAUCAUGGACUUGGCUGCCUUAAUUUCAGUCUGCAUGUUUGCAAAAUAUAGACUACUGUGGUUCUCCCAAACGUAUGAGCCUCAUCAUGGAAAUGGAUAUUUGAUAGGGCUGGUUAUUAAACUUUUUUUUUUUUUUUUUCAACAAAUCUGUGUUCCAAAUCACACAUUCCAGUCAUUAAACUUUCAUUGUCGCAGUAAAUUUUGUCAAGGCCAGUUUGAAUGAAAACUGUUGUGUCCUUACAGUCAUAACUGAUGAGUCUCACGCAAGAAGAUGCACACCAGCAUAACUAGAAAAGUGAAUAAUGUGAGUAGGUCUGAAAAAUUUCAGUCUGCAGGGUUCGUGUUUAAUUUGGUCUGAAACAGUGAGUGGGCAGACCUAAAUUAAAAGUGUGAUCAUGCAUCUUGUUCUCCCAUGCAAGAAAAAAGGUCAAAUAGGAUGUGAACAAUGUGGCACUCAUGGUAUCAUGUGGACUGUUUGUUUGAAGUUUUUGACCCUGAUCAUAGCUCAAUUAACUUUGGUGUGCCUCGGCCUCUCUUAUUCUCUGUAACAAAUCAGCAUUUGUCAGAAAACCUGUGUUGUUGUUUUUUUCAAAAUUAAUCAUUCAUAGGACAGGCGGUUUAUAAAAAAAACAACAACAGAUACUAUAUUGAUGAAAUACGUUGCCGUCUGUAUGUCCAAUUGAUGUUUUUUUCAUACGUACAAUAUAAUGUGGAUGUUCCAGGACUUAUUUUAUGCUCAUGCCGUGAAUUUCUGAUGAGUAUUUUAUUUUCCCAUUAUUGUGGAUUUUUUGAGCCACUGGUUGGACAAUAAAACGUAUGAAUUGCU